AUGGAUGAUCACGAGUUCCAUUAUGUCCACAUGUUAGCUCGGGACUACUUGAAGCAUGUUCAACAGAUACCACAACUGGGAUCAUGUCUAAAUAAGACAUCUCAAAUACUACAAAAGGUUGCUUUCUCUGUCCAACAAGAAGUAGAAAAGGAUAUGGAAACAUGCUUGAGCACUUUGGACAUCGUUUCUGUUGAGUCUGCCAGAAGAAUUUUCAAUAGUGUUAUGGAGAAGGAAUUUGAGGAUGGCGUCAUUAACUGGGGACGGAUUGUCACCAUAUUUGCUUUUGGGGGAAUUCUCAUCAAGAAGCUUCUGACACAUAAAGCUCCACUGACUAUGGGCUCUCAGGAAGAAAUUUCUCAUUUUAUUGCUGAGUUCAUAAUGAACAAUAUAGCAGAGUGGAUAAGACAAAAUGGAGGAUGGGAAAAUGGCUUUGUAAAGAACUUUGAACCUAAUAUGAUGUGGCCGAACUUCACAGAUAUUUCAACAAAGAUCUGGGGCAUAUUUUCCUUUUUGAAGUAA